UGCCAACACACCUCAGAAAACGAGUCCGCUACUGACAUGUGUGAACUGCACGAAUAAUCAUUUCAGUAUCUGUACCUAACCUCGACAACUGUCUCUUCGACUUGAUUGCCUCGUUGCCAACACCUCGGAUCGCUAAGAUGUCCGGCUACCCAACCCGAAGUUUCCCAUCCCACAUGCGACAGCCCUCUCUCGGGCCUGGCGCGGGGGGCCAGUCUCCAGCUCUGGUGGCACGAGUGAACGAGAAGAAGGCCGAACUUGAGAACCUUAAAGAGCUCCGGGAUUUGAGUGCUGCAGUUGCGUCACAGAUGGAGGCUCUUGAACAGAAGCUAGGAACUCUCUCAGACGGAACGGAAGCCAUUGCUCUGGUCUUCGCUAAUUGGCAUAAUGUGCUGAGGGCGAUCAACAUGGCAUCGGCGAAACUUCCCAAGCCCAACCCCGAAGCCGAAGACACAACGCCCUUGCCACAGACACUCGUCCGGAUCCCGACCGAACAUGCUCCUGCUCUACAAGCACAUGCGGAGGGCGCAGCUGAAGAGCAGGAAUCAGGCUGA